CUACACACACUCUCUCCCUCUCACCACCACCACCACCAACAACAUUCCUUUCCAUUCUACAGCGGCGCGUGACUUCAAACGCCGCCGCUUUUUUCCAUCAAACUCACUCCGUCUUCUUCAGUUUGAAAAUCAUGAGUUCUAAUGGAGGAGGUGUUCUUUCUGACAAAGAUAAAAACAUAGCUGUGAGUUCAAACUUUGAUGUUGGCCAGCUGAACAAGGCAGUCCAGGAUGUGAAUUUGGAUGCGGGUUGGGAGGUUAUCGUCAAAAAGAACAAGAAUAAAGCUGGAACUGUUGAACUGCCUAAACAUUGUGCUUCUCAGACUCCUAAACCAAACCCAUGGGUUCAACCCUUACAGAACAAGUCUCUAAACAAUGUGUGGGCCAGUCAGAUGGGUGGCAGGACUGGCAGAGGUGGUGCUAGAGUCAAACCAAUGCUCACACACUCUGGAAGCAACAACAAUCCCACAAAUGCAAUUCCUCCACCGCUACAGAGUGGAUGGAACUGGAGCUCAAGGCCUGCAAGGAAGUUGGAAAAUGAUCCAGUGCCAAGUCCUCAUCCUUGUGGUAUGGAUGAAUCUUUUAAAGAUAAUGAUGAAACUGAAGACGAGCUUGAUUUGUCUGAUGAUGAGAUUCUGAGUGACGAGUAUGAUUCCGAUGAUAUGCCAAAAAGCCAUGAAGAGAUGAAGAAGAACAAGUGGUAUGCUGCCUUUUUUGCAACUUUGGAUACCCUCACUCCUGAACAGAUCAAUGAACCAACUAGGCAAUGGCAUUGCCCGGCCUGUCUGAACGGUCCAGGUGCUAUUGACUGGUAUAACGGUCUGCAGUCUCUGUUGACCCAUGCUAAAACAAAAGGGACCAAAAGGGUAAAGAUUCAUAGAACUCUAGCUGUUAUUUUGGAGGAAGAACUGAGAAGAAUUGGCACUACAGUGCUACCAAUCAAGACUGAAUCAUAUGGACAGUGGAAGGGACUCACAGCAGUUAAAGACAAGGAGAUUGUGUGGCCACCGAUGGUUGUCAUCAUGAAUACACACCUUCAGCAAGAUGAGAACGGAAAGUGGAUCGGGAUGGGAAACCAAGAGCUUCUUGAUUACUUUGGCUCUUAUGAAGCAGCAAGAGCGCGUCAUGCAUAUGGGCCUAGAGGCCACAGGGGUAUGAGCUUGCUGAUCUUUGAGUCCUCUGGUAUUGGAUACACUGAAGCUGAGCGACUAUGUAAGCAUUUUGAAGAUCAAGGCACUGACAGAGCUGCGUGGGAUCAUCACCCUAUUCUGUUCUAUCCUGGGGGUAAACGGCAGCUAUAUGGCUACAUGGCAACAAAGCAAGAUAUGGAUUUAUUUAAUCAGCAUUCUCAUGGAAAAUCAAAGUUGAAGUUUGAGAUUGUUUCUUACCAAGAAAAGGUUGUUGCUCAACUGAAACAAAUGAAUGAAGAUAACCAGCAAUUGAUCUAUUACAAGAACAAAGUUGUCAAAGAGCAAAGGCAUUCAAAAGCGUUGGAAGAGUCGUUUGGAGUGGUAUCUCAGAGACUGGGGAAAACUGAACAAGAAAACCGCAUGGUGAGGGAGAGAACAAAACGUUUUCAUGAAGAAAACAAGGAAGAGAUGGAUUACCAAGAACAGUUCUUUAAGGACCAGCUGAAGGUGAUCAUAGAGGCCAGGAAUGCGAAAGAAGGCGAGUUUGAUAAGCUGCAGCAGGAAGAACGCAUGAGGGUGGAACAAGCUUAUUCUGAAGUGGAUCCUGAAAUGAGUGAUGAGAAGUAUGACCAAAUGAAACAAUUUGAGGAAGAAAGGGAGAAGCUGAUGAAAGUGCAUGAAAAGACUAUGGCUGAAAUGAAGAGCAAGCACUGGAAGGAAGAGAUCGGGUUAGAGGAAAGGUUUAACACCAGGUUGUCUCAGUUGAUGGAGAGGUACACCCCCAAAGCAUGAAAUUCAAGGCUGACGAAACCGAACAGAAGUGAUAAUAUCAUUAUCUAGUUGAGUAAAGACUUUACGAUUUUUGUUACUUUUAUUUUUGAAAACCUUUUCACCCUUGAGGGUUGAUAUGGAAUGAGGGUGCUAAUAUGCUAAUCUCAUAUGAAUGAUUAACAAUUGGAGCUUAUGACUUCAGACAUCAAAUUGCUUGAAUUGCAAUUAGCUGCCAAUAUUUCUAGUGGUAAA